AUGGCAACAUUCGAAAUCAGAAUCCGAACGAAGCCGUCUUAAAUCUACAUGAAAACUAUAUUUUGCAUUUCAAUCAUGAGUGUUAAAAUGCAGUGCUUGAAACGCAUUGGUGAGAACGUAAAAAAGCACAAGCUGAUAAUUUUAGACGAGAAAGAUGAGAUUACAAUUGGAAGGAGUCAAGAUGUGACAGUCUGCAUCCUGUCAACAUUGAUUUCAAGAUGUCACGCUGUCUUAAAGAAAAAAGAAAGCGGGACAUGGACAAUACUGGACAACAAGAGUUUAAAUGGAGUCUUUGUGAAUGACAAGAAAAUUGAACCAAUGAAACCACAUGAUCUCAAAGACGGAGACAUGAUUCAGCUGGGAGUAAGAACCAGCCCCGAGGUACCCCCAGAGUAUGUAUAUCAGUACCAUACAGCUCUAACAGUGAAGAGAGCUCGUAAAGCUGAAGAUACCACAGAGGGCCCUGUGGAAAAGCGACCACGGACAGGGGAGGUUGAACCACUGCCACAGGCUACAACUAGCAACACUGUAGCAGCCUCCAGUAGGACGUUUGUUCACAGCAGUGACCAGUCACCGUAUGGGUAUAGUCGAUAUUGCGAGGAGCUGAACAAGAAGGAAAAAGAUGCUGCAGCCAGGCUGGCUGAGAUGGAAGAGAAACUGAAAGAAAUGCAGGAGAAACUUCAGGCGAAGGAGAAUGUUGAACAAGAGAUGGCAGAGCAGCUGGAGAUGGAGAAGCAGUGUCGAGAGAGGCAGCUACAGGCCCUGGAGGACAUGAGACUGAAGGAGGAGCAGCUCAAGAAAGAGCUCCAGAUGAAACAGGCUGAGGUAGCCCUUGAGAAGCAGGCACUAGAGGAGAGAAUGAGAGAGGAAUAUGAGGACUUGCUGUCUGUAAAGGAAGCCACACUCAUGGAGAAUUUGGAGUCGCAGAGGCAAGCACUAUUGAAGGAGAAAGAAGAGAUUGAGAAGCGCCUGAAAGAAGAGAUGGAAUCAGAGAGAGAAAAGGACAAAAAGCUCACAGAAGAAUUGCAGAAGCAGCAAAGUAAACUUCAGCAGGUUAUCGCCAAGAAGGAAGCCGAACAGAAACUACUGGAGGUACAACUGAACGACACAAAGCUUGAGAAAGACCAGAAGCAGGAGGAAGCCCUGAGGGCAAGGGAGGAUGUGCUGUCAAAUUUUGCCGAACUUAUGGAGACGGAGCUGCAGUGUAGCAUCUGCAGUGAGCUGUUCAUCAAGGCCAUAUCUCUUAACUGUUCCCACUCGUUCUGCUGGCUGUGUAUACAGCAGUGGAUGAAGGUGAAGAAGGAAUGCCCAAACUGUCGAAUGCCCAUCUCGACCCACAUGCGCUCCAUAGUGCUGGAUAGCUACAUUGAGAAGAUGAUGGAGCAGUACUCGGGGGAGAUGAAAAAACGGCGGCAAGACUUGGUUCAUAGCAGGAAAGUGGAGGAAGAGGAAUUCGAGGAAGCUAACAAACCCAAGCCCCCAGCUCCCGCUCCCAGGGGGCGUGGCAGAGGAGGAAGGCGUGGUCGUGGGGGGCGGGCCAGAGUAAGGGGUGGGGCAGCUGGACAGCAUAACGCACGACCUGCCCCCAUUAUAGUGUCAGACGAAGAUGAGGAUGAGGAUUACGUCAUGGUGUCUGACCAUGCUGAAGAAGUGGUCAUUGACCAUCGGGUCGAUUGGAGUGAAGAUGAAAAUGAUGAUUUGGGUAUGGACCAGGUGGAUGGGUUGAGUUCUGAUAGCUUAGAUGACACUGACAGUGAUAUUGACAGUGACAUUAGUGGAGACAGCGGGGCGUAUUACGGGGGAUACGGGAGAUGUUUUACAUGUGGUUCAAGAGGUCACUGGUCAAACGGAUGUCCUUUAAGAUAAUAGAGAUAAACGUGAAACAAAGACAGACUGUAUUACCUACAAUGUAUGCAAGUUCCAGUAUGGCAGCAUGCUUGGCCAAUCCUUGAAAGCAAUCCCCAGCUUACUAGUUGCUAAGCCUAUGCCUCAAGUCAAGGGAAAUUCCAGCAUGCAGCUUUGUGAUCAUGUGAUUUUGUGUUGCUGCAAGUCGCAUUUUGUUACGUACACGAGUCAUGUAUAUGCAUUUGAUGUAUUUGCAAAUUUUUGUAUCAACCAUUUCAAGGGAGAAGCAUAAUUGUUUUUGCCAUUAUGUGUUCAAGUUAUUGAAUGUUUAGUACCAAAGAAAUAUGUGGGUUUUUGUUUGUUAAAACUUUUAGUUUCAAGAUAAUGAUGUAUUUUAUAAUUAAGUUUUAAGUAAUUCAUUCUAUGUGUUACGACAAAAAAUUGUAACAACAUAUCAAUAUUCUAAUUAUUUAAUGGGAUUGAUAAAGAGUGACUUUUAUUACACUGUACAGUUUACAUAUAUAUUAUUACAAUGUACAGUAUACAUAAAAUUGUGAUAAUGCAUACUUUGACAUGUCUGACAUUAAACUUUGUUAUUUGUCACUUUAAUGAUUUUUGUUAUGGAAAUAGACGAUUUUUUAAGGAAAAGAUUAUAAUGUAGGUUUUGUAGAAUUGCAAGUUCCAGAAAAUGUCUAUCUUUUUAUUCGAAAUUUUAACUUAUUAAAAAAGAGUAAAUGUAAAAUUCAUUUUUUGUCUCAUUUAAAUAUUGUCAGCAAAAUAAUAUGUAUAUAGGAUUUUGCAUGAGUGGUCGUUUUGUAUUGAAUUUAUUAAACUAGUCAUCUAAAUAAAGAUAAAAACGAGGCUAAGAUUCUAUUUAUAACAUGACCUACAAAUUUUCUUUUUAUUUUAUGCUAUUUUCACCGUUUAUUCAUAUUGUAAAAGAGUUUAACUGAAGAAAUUUGCUGGAAUAAUGACGUCAUUUCGUCAAAACAUGACGUCAUUUCAAAGUUAUAUAACUAGUGUAAUAACACUUGUGUAAUAAACAAAAUUGAGCAUAUAUAGAAUAUUAUGUGAGUUUUGGAUAAAGAUCAAGUUUAUCAUGCGAGGCUUAGAACCAGGGAUAGCGCGAGGCUUGC